UACUUUUUUUGAGGUUGUCACGGUGACGUGAUGUCAACAAGCUACAUCUCCUCACUCCCAUUACUGCUGCUUUCAGAAGACAAAUACAGGCAAGCGUGUCAGAAAUGAGUGAGUUGUUGGGUAGUCAGGACUGCAUCGACAGUCUCCGGAAAGACAUCGUCGACCUUCAAGGUGCCAUUCUGGACGUCUUUUCCAGAACCGGACCAGUGCGCUUUUCCUCCUGGAAGUUCCCGGACAAACUCUCCUGUAACCUGGACAUGGUGACUCUGCUGGAGCAAUAUGAUUUUGUGGAGGGAGAGGAUGCAUUCAAUCAGCACUCCCACAUUGUCUUAUUGGAGCUGAUGAUUGACAGAUUGCUGCUUCUUCUACAAAGCUUUAAUGCUUAUGUUGAGCAACUGAGGAGCAGCCACAAGAGUGACCAAACCCAGCAGAAAGGAUGCCUGUCAGUUGGUCUUGUUGUCAGAAACUAUUGGAGUAAUUUAGUUCAGCUUGCAAACAUUAAGGGGAUCUGCAAAGACAUAAAAAAACAGACAAAAACAAUGUUUGAUUGUGAUGAGACAGAGACAGUGUCAUCUUCCUCCCCCCAAAUAAGCUCAAAGAGUGACUGUUGCACACAUUGCUUAUCUGCCUGGUCUUCAACAAGCUCCUUUAAGUUUCUGCCACAGAAUGCUGUACCCUCCAGUCCCACUCACAACACCCCAUACAACCCUAAAGUUGACAGCCACAAUGUAAGCUGCCAGACAGUCAAAUCAUCCCUCGUUCCCUGCAAUGCAUGUCAUCAAGUGCAAGCCAUUUUAAAAAAGACAGGAGGUGCUUUGGUAGAACUGUUUCAAAGUGAGGGCCUGCCCUCUUCCCUGCAGCCGCUCUUAGUAGCUGUCGAGGACACUUUGGAGCUGGGCCAAAUGACAGCAGGUGAUGUUGCCCAGUGGGCCAAUGAGCAGCACAGAGACAUGCGCCGGCUGGCAAAACAUCUACAUGAUGUGCGGGGUACGGUUCAGCCUCUUGGGGAAAGACUAGCGGCAGCAGAAGCAGAGCGGGAGAGAUUCAGGUCUCAGAUGGAAAGAGCACAAAAAGAGCUAAAGCAAGAAGUGGAAAAACACCAAGCCAGCAUAGUUAAAUUGGAGUUUUCACUGCAGAAAGCAAAGAGAUCCAUGAAAGAAACAGAACAAAGGCUACAAGAGGAGCAACAACAAAACAAGAGAGAGACUUUGUCCCUGGAGGAGAGCAAUUCCAGACUGAAAGAAGAAGUAGCAGUGCAACAAGAGACAUUACAAGCACUUGAGCGUGAAAGGAAUGAUCUGCAGGAGAAAAUGAGGGCCUUGCACGCAGAGAAAGAGGCCUGUUGUAAACUACAUGAAAGGAUCCAGCAAUUAGAGAGUCAAAUCUCUGAAACUCAACUACUUCUUGACAAAGAGAAUGCCAAGUACCACAGCGCUUGCCGUCAGCAAGAGUCAAUGCAGGCAAAGCAGAAAUCUUUGUUAGGGAGAGUGGAUGCUCUCGACGAAGAGUGUGAAGAGCUGCAGAAGCAGUUGGGAGGGAGUGAGGAGAGAGAGCUCAACCUACACAAUCAGCUGCAACAGAUGUCAGAGAAGAAGGGACAACUGCAGACUCAGCUCACUCAACAACAGGACCUGUGUUUUGAGCUCCAAAAGGAGAAGCAAACACUAGAAACACACGUAGGCGAGUUAAAGGACAGUGUGGCUGAGCUGAAGGAAUAUGUGCAAUCUUUAAGGGAGAGGGAGAGGCUCUUGGUGGCUUUCCCAGAGCUCAGCCCUCUGGCUCAGGCCCAACCACAGAGUACAGGAAAUGUGCUUUUGGAUAUGGAGCAACAAUUGCAGGCAAACUGCAUUCGAAUAAGAGUUCUGGAGCAGGAGAAUGCCGCCCUGCACAGCAGCCUUGUGAAACUGAGGGAAAGAGCACAACAUCAUGUUGUCAAGGAAACCUCAACUCAGCAGACAUGGAGCCUCUCUCUACCCAGCACUCCAGUAGAAAAGCAACAAAACCACCUGACACAAAUGCAACAGAGUUCAUUGCAGAACAGAAGUGCAGAGCAGCUGGCAUACAGUAACAGAAUGAAGGAAGAAAGAAGAAGGGAGAGUGGUCUGGAGUCAGCUGGAUCAGAGGAUCGUGUGUCCGCUAUUGUCUCUCCCUCCUCUCUACAAAUUCACCUUCAAACUCUUCACCUUGAUACAAGCUCCACUGCUGCUAAAACCCCUACAAAAGCACACAGGACUUCUCUCUUCUCUCUUCAAACCAGGAGCUUAAAUCAGAGGAAAAAAUGAAACACUUAAUAUGUAAAUACAUUUAAACAGAAGUCAGAGAAAGAAAGAACAAAGCUUUGUUUAAGGAUUUUUGGCAACAACUGGCACAUAAAUUGGAUUUUUAAUUUAAGAAUGUUUUUACCUACAUUGAAUUGCCACAUAAUUGUAUUACACAAUACCACACUUGUUUCAUGUUCACACCACUCUGUUUUUGUCAUUUUCACAAUGUCAUUGUGGAAGAGGAUGUAUAUUUUUUAUGUUGUGAGAGUGCACAACUGUUACCAUUAUACUUCUCAUUAUGUUAUGUUGUAAUGUGCUACACUGAAGUUUUUAAUUAACUUUAAUGUGGAUCGAUAUAUAAAGGAUGCUAUUUUACUGCUAUUAAAUAGUGCAAUUAAA